CCAGUGUGCUUUGCUCUUAGUCGCGUCCUCAAGCAGGAAGCGGGUGUGUUCGGAGCGAGUUCAUUUCGCUGAAUUCUUUGUGUUUGUUGUUGUUGUUGUUGAUUCGUUUUCUCUCUCAGCUGAAGUGCGGUUGUUUUUUUCACCUGGAAUCAGUAACGCAAUCGGUGUGAACCAUGAAUCUGGAGCGCAUGCCGAACGAGGACAAGCUGAACCUGUGCAGGAAGUACUACCUGGGCGGCUUUGCCCUGCUCCCCUUCCUGUGGCUUGUCAAUGUGGUCUGGUUCUUCAAGGAAGCCUUCAUGAAGCCUGUGUACACGGAGCAGGCGCUCCUCAAAACAUAUGUGAAGCGCUCGGCGAUCGGGCUGCUGUUCUGGGUGGCGGUUCUCACCACGUGGAUCACCAUCUUCCAGCACUUCAGAGCAGAGUGGGGCGAGGUGGCGGACUACCUGUCCUUCACCAUCCCGCUGGGGAUCCCCUGAGAGAGAGAGAGAGAGAGAGAGAGAGAGAGAGAGAGAGGGGACCCCAGAGCCCUCACCCCGCUCUGCCACUCGGAAUCACAUCCACCACGUUGCCAGCUGCUUCAGCUUUAAACAGUCUCAUUGUUUUUCUGUAUCUGAAACAUUCAGGAUGUUUACUCUGAAAACCCAAUAGAUUCUAUAGAUAUAUAUAUACUGUGUGCCGCAUGCAUUGUGCUGUUCUGCUCUCUCUCUUUGACUGGGUUUGUAAUGGAGAUCAGAACAGUUCAAUCUGCUUGUAAUAUUGUUUAAUUAAAGGAUGAAAAUGAUGACGUGUUCCAGAGUGCCAAAAGUGCGCUGAACCCC